AUGUCUUCUUCUUCGUCCGAACGUGGUGGUGUCCAUCACGUUCGGACGCGCUCGUCGGAUUCGUCCACGCCAUCGCCGACGUCGUCAUCUAAAAAUAGCACCAUUUUCAGUCAUAGUAAUAAUAGUAAAGAACAACAACAACAACAACAACAACAAAACAACGGGGAGACCAUUCUCAUCAUCAACAAAGCCGGAACGAAUACGAAUUCGAGAGGCCAGAUGCGAAAGUCCGCGUCCAUGCUCCAGUUCAGCGAACACGCGAUCAACCAAGUGCAAGGGUUGAGCAAAAGAGGGCUGGAGUUACCGGUCACGCCGAGGUUACAGAGGAGACGAUACAGGUACGUUUACGACUUGAUGGUAUUCUUUUUAUUCUCGCGUGGAAAAAGAUAUCCGUUUGUGGAUAUAAUGGAAGGAUUAUGA